AUGUUUUCCUUUGGUCAGAUACAUAUGUUCACUUUCAAAGUAGUUCAGUUGGCUUAUCUGGCUGGUCCUUCCCCAUGCUGUGGGCACACAGCGCUGUGUUGUGGCUUGGGUGUCUCCAUGGGAACGGGUGGCCAAGGAGAAAGGGAGGUUCCUGUCAGAGCACUGAAGGGUGUGUGGAAGUCGUCCUGGUCUCCUCCCCACCACCCGGCCAUAUUUAAACAGCCUGCAGCUCUCUCAGUCAGUCGCUUACAGAGGAGCUGUUCUUAACAAGAGAGAUUCUGAGCCUGCUACUUAUAGAGAGCCUCAGCUAUCGUUUACAAGACCUUUACUACUACCAUCGUUAUCUAUCUCACAAGCCUGUCUGUAAGGACACAGUGUUGGAUUUACUGACAUCUCAUUUACACAAGGUACGCAUCACAUCAUAAUCAUGACUUGAGAAUAAUUGACCUUUUCUCAAUGUUUUCAAUGCAAAGUUAAAUUCCUUUUUCAUGUGUUAAAAAAUGUGAUUGCCUGUGAUUUGUUUCGAUUUGUGUUGUCUAACAAGGAUUUACUUUUACUUUUCCAGUUACCAAGCCCUAUCAGGGAACUCAUGUGGGUGGUGGAGAAGAUCCGUGUGUCCGUGGAGAGAACCAACCUGCCUCUCCCCUCAACGGAAUACAGCUUCAGGAUCGGAGACAUGUUUGGAGAGAAAGCUGACAAACACAAGAGACUUUCCCUGUGUCCUAAUAUUAUCACCCCAGACACUAUCCCAGAGUUUUGCAUCCCUCCUAAGAUCCCGUCCUUCCAGGAGCCGAAGGGUACAGAGCAGAGCCGCCAGGCCCCCAUCAUCAGAGUGUCCCUGUGUGAAUGGGAGAGGGGGAGCCCUAAGAGGGAGGCGCCAACACGAAAAAUCAUCAGCCCACACAUCAUCCAGGUAGAGAAUGUGGACGAGAGCCCCUAUGACUGUAGUGAUGAGGAGACCACCAACGCAGACCCUCAGAGCCAGGCAGCACUCUCCUUGCCCCACAUGGCCAAAGCCCAGACCUGCUACGGUUUCUGUACCCUGCUGGAGAGCCCCCACACCAGGAGGAAGGAGUCCCUGUUCCACAACGACCCUGGCUCCUGUGGCAUACCGCUGCUGUUCCCCAGGAGCAGGUCCAACACUUGCUCCAGAGUCUCCCACUCUACCUCCCCAUCCUCCUCCCCUUCCUCCUUCAGUCUCCACACCCUGACCUCCAGACUCUCGCCCAGAGGGUAUACACUCAACAGACAGGGCACAAUGGACAGUGACACCACCUCCUCAGCUGAGUCCUCCCCUUUCAGCUCCCCAAUGCUGAGCAGGUCCCCACCGAAGUCUUCCCUCUUCAAAACACUGAGUCAUGAAAGGCUUCUUUCCAGAAACAUCAGGAAGACUGUGGUGUCCAGAAACAACUCUCUGUCGACAGACGAGGGCAGCUCCACAGACAAUAGUCCCAAUUUCAUGAGGAGGGCGUCAGAUGGGCUGGUAGAGGGCCUUCCACCAAGCUUCAGUCUGGCCCCUCCUACCAUCUUCCCUAUAGACUUGGUUCUGCACAGGGAAAGGGUGAUGAGGGAGAGCAUGGUCCCUAUAGGGAAGGACGGCACCCUGCGCCUCUCUGCAGAGUACUGUCCUGAUAACCAGAGGCUGCGGGUGCGGCUCAUCAGUGCUGAGGGACUAUACACUCACUCGGUGGACCCCAAGAGUAUCAACUGCAGUGUCAGCCUCUCCCUGGUGCCUGGAAAGGUCCAGAAGCAGCGUAGCACAGUCAUCAGGAAGAGUCGUAACCCCAUCUUCAAUGAGGAUUUCUUCUUUGAUGCCAUCUCAGAGGAGGACCUCUGCCAAAGCUCCCUGAGAUUUAAAAUAGUCAAUAAAAUGUCCACUAUGAAAAGAGACUAUAUUCUGGGGGACGUUGAACUUCCGCUCACAAGCAUUAUCACUUUAUAA